AUGCACGGCGUCGACGACGCCUACUUUUGCGGCGGCUCCUUUUGGGAUGGGCUGGGCGACCGCCCAACCCUGCGGCAGAUUGCUGAGCGGGCGGUAGAAACGCUGCGAGGGCCGCUGCCGCUCGACGAGGCGGAUCGCGAGCGCUGGCGCGGCCGAGGCGGCCGAGGUGCUGCACAGGCGUCCUCCCUGAGCCAACACCGAGGACCCCUCUGGUGUAGGCUCGCGGCCGAGGCGCAGGCGGCGGGCAAGCUGCGGGUCGUGGACGAGUACCGCAGGAUGGCCCGCUGCCCCGACCUCGUCGCGCCGGCGCCGGUGCUGCGCGCGGAGUGGCUCGUGCCUGCGUUGCGGCCGCUGGUCGCCGGCGACGCGCACGCGCCGCCGUCCAGCGGCGAGGCGCUGCUUCGCGCGGCCAGGGCGGAGCCGCUCGCCGACGGCAUCGUCGCGUUUGACCUCUUCGAGCCGCGCUUCUGCGAGCUUCUGCUGGCCGAGGCAGACGCGGACGAGGCGUCUCUAGCUCCUCACGAUCCGCCAAACACCAUGAACCGCGGCGGGCUCAUCGUCAACGAGAUUGGGCUGGAGCCGCUGAUGGACUUGCUGCUCCGCCGGCUCAUCGCCCCGCUCGCCGCGCACCUCUACUCCGCCGAGCCGUUCGCGGCGUCGCUCGACCACCACCACUCGUUUGUCGUCGCGUACCGGCACCGCGGCGACGAGCUCGACAUGCACCAUGACGCGUCCGAGGCGACGCUCAACGUCUGCCUCGGCCGCGAAGGGUUCACCGGGGGCGGCCUCCGCUUCUGCGGCCGCUUCGGCGGCGAGGCGCACCGGCGCAAUGUCGCGGUCGCGGAUCACGCCGUCGGGCGCGCCACCCUGCACCUCGGCAGGCAGCGGCACGGCGCAGACGACCUCACGAGCGGCGAGCGGCUCAACCUCAUCGUGUGGGCGCGCAGCUCCGCGUUCCGCGCCGCCGCCGCCUACGGCUACAUUGCUCCGGACGGCUACCCGAAGGAGCCGGAGCAGGCGCGUCCCGACCUGGAGUGUCUCUCGCUCGCCAAUGACGACGACUACCACGAGCAGCGCGCCCGCCAAGCGCCGUCUGGGGAGGGGUGA